AACAGAAACACUUCCAAUGGUGAGCCUCACCAUAGUCACCGGAAACCAGCACAAGCUAUCCGAGCUGAAUGCCAUCCUCGAUGGCUUAGUUGUGCUGCACCCAGUCAACUUGGACUUGCACGAGAUUCAAGGCACUGUGGAAGAAAUCACCCGGGAGAAAUGCCGCCUGGCCGCCGAAACGACUGGUGGCCCCGUUCUAGUCGAAGAUUCGGCACUGGAGAUGCAUGCUCUCAAUGGACUUCCGGGUCCAUAUGUCAAAGCUUUUGUAGAUAGCAUUGGAAAUGACGGCCUCUGCAAACUCCUGGCGUCCUUCAGUGAUAACACGGCAGAGGCCGUUUGUACAUUGGGGUAUUCCCCAAGGCCAGGUGCCGAGCCCAUCCUCUUCCAGGGAAGGCUAUUGGGCAGGAUAGUUCCUGCGAGAGGAGUUUCUGCCUUUGGGUGGGAACCCAUUUUCGAACAUGGCGGAGAAACUUUAGCCGAGAUGGAUGUUGACAAAAAGAACCGCCUAUCCCACCGGUUCAAGGCCGCGCAGAAGUUGAGCGAAUGGUUGCAACGCAAUGAAAUGACAUGAUAGUGCAGCAAGGCCUUGACAGGCAGAAGGAGCGAGCAAACCGGCGUACACCCACCUCAAUCUCCAACCAGAGAAACAUUUCAUAUUGGGGACAAUUCCAUCGUACAAGUUCCAGCGGAAGAUACAGUUCGCAAGCUUGGAACAGAAGGUCACGGCGGGCGCGAUACUGCUGCGAGAGGUGAUAAAGCCACAGUAGGAAGCCCUCAUGCCCCCAAAUCUCAUCGAGCAUCUUCCAGAGCAUCAGCUGGACAGGUCCAUUAAUCCCCUUACGCCUUAUCCUGAUGUGGCACACACCGAACGCGCCGAGCUUUACUCCGGUCGCUGUCUUCCAAUAGUCUUUCAGCCUCUGUUAUCUCGGAGAACCUUCGGAGUGAUAGAGUACGCC